AGCAGUCCCAAAUGGAUAAGUUUCAGAAGAUUCUGAACAUUGCCAACAAACAGUCCAACCUUGGUUUUGGGCUGUUAACCCUGUUGACAGCGGGAGGGGAGCAGAUUUUCUCCUCAGCAGUGUUCAAUUGUCCCUGCAAUGAUCUGAACUUCGUAUACGGUAUGGUGUUCCUGUUGGUACCUGGUCUGGCUCUGCUGCUUCUGGGUUACAUCCUGAAUAAAAAGACGUGGAAGCUGUUGACAGGUUUGUGCCAGCGCAGGGCCAAGCUGUGCAGCUGUAAGAGGCUAAGGUCCGCCGCGAUAGUCCUCUUCCAGAUCAACACCACAGCGCUGGUGGCACCUUUCACCUGGAUUGCUGUGGCUCUGCUUAGCGGUAACUACUAUGAGUGUUUGAUGACUGGGACCAAGAGGAGCCUAGUCCUACAUAUGUGUGGACAAAACCAGAACGCCACAUGUGAGAAACUGCACAGGUUUCCCUGUAACGAUAAGAGGAUACCGCAGGCUGACAGAGAAAAUGUCCUGCUUGCACUGAAAGCUCAGUCUCAGAUUCUGGGUUGGCUGCUCAUCACCUCUGUCAUGUUGUCCAACCUGCUGCUGACCUGUCUGGCUCGGUGCACCUCCCCGAUCAGCUACCUGCAGCUCAAGUUCUGGAAGGCGUAUGCUCAGGAGGAGGGCCAGCUUAUUGAAUCGCACUCUGUGCAACACGCCAAAGAACUUGCCCAGAGGAACCUUCAGAGUUUCUUCAACCAGAGACCACCUGGACCAAUCAUCACCCCUUCCAACAAAGACUGGGAGAAGAUCUCCUCCCUCUACAAAUUUAGCUCCAAAGAACAGUACUACAGCACCUUGCACCACUAUGUAGAGACCUUCCAUGAGUGUGAUGAUGGGUUGAUGAGAAUGGCUUCGAUUAGGUCAAACGAGAGUGCCGACGGCCACCCUGCUGUUCUUCAAUUUGUAGAUGAUGGCAGGAUGCCAGCUUGAGGUCUGCUAAUGGAUUACACUGAUAUCAUCACUAAAUUACACUCAGUUCAGGUGUGGCUCUAAAGAGUCACCUCAUAUUUGCUCUAAGCAAAUGUACUAGUUUAGCUUCUUAUCAGCAUCCAUACAAUUACUUCUUGACACAGAAAUGCAAAAAAAAAAUAGUUCUGGACUUUAUUGGGUGAAGAUGUUCUGUAUAAUGGCAAAACAACAGCACACACAAACACUUCAUACAGAUAGAAGAAGUAAUAAAGCUGAAGUUGCCACAAUUAGUUUGUCUGGAGAAUGAUGUCCAUCCUAUUGUUGUUUGCUGUUGUGCUUUCCUUGGAGCUGGAUGCAGUGACUGAUUGACCUCCUCACUUCCGUUGAUGAGUCCCCGCUGCCACUGCUACAGAGCAAUGCAUAGAUCAUCUUUAUUAAAAAAGUUUUUGGACAUAUCGCACGUUCAAAUUGGCACUGCACCUCCAUGGGCCCUUAAAGGCAUAGUUCACCCAAAAAUAAAAAUUCAUACAUUAUCCACUCACUGCUAUGCCAUUGUUGUGGUCAUUUACACCAGCAAUAUGGUGUAAAUGACACUGUUAAACAAUGUUAAUAGUCAGAAUCUUGUAAAUAUAGACACAGUGUGUGAAGAAAAACAGAUCAGUGACAUCAUUUAAACCUGAACAGCAGUGACGAUGUGUAAAGAGCUUUAUGUGCACCGGUUUUAACAGGAUACAUGUCACAUUUUUACUGUGGUUAAGAGCAAACCACUUCCUGUGCUCUGCUGGGAAACAUGUAAUCAUUCAGCACAUGUACAUCAGUGAUUUCCUUGUCUUAACUAUGUUACCCUGUACAAACUGUUCAUUUGACAAAGCAAACUGAUAAGUGUAAUGAUGGUAUUUGCAAUGGCAAUUUAUUAGUGAGUUAGUGGGCAGGUAAGUGUGUGGAGAGGAUGUGUCAGUUUCUUGUCUAAUGCAUUUAAAAGUGCUUUAGUCUGAGAGGUCACUUUUGAGGGAAAGAAACCACUCAGAGGAUGUGAUCCCUCCCUCACUUGAUACUUGUGAUUGCUUUCCUCUGUCUCUGUAACAUUGCUCUGUUCUCUAUGGAAACAUUCCAGUACUAAUAAAUGAAUACUCUAAUCCUG